AUUUUUUUUUCUGGUGUGUGUGCAUAGCUCAGGAACGUUUCCUCCGAAGCCACAAUGAUAUCCACGUCUAGGGUAACUGUUGUCAUCUGCCUCAGCUAGAGUUACCGUUAGCUCACAGGAAACUCUCUUCUGGCUAUUGUUCCACCCCACAAUAUCAGGAAUACCCCGACCUUCACAUGAUUCAAUUGUUCUUCUUUGUUUUUCAGUCAUUCCCACGCUGCAUUGCGGUUGGUAGCCUGUGAAUUUAUUGAUCCGAUGGGAUGGCUAUGACCGUUGUAACUUGAUUACAGUAGACUUUGAUAUGGACCUUUAUAGAAAAAAUCUGAUUUAACUGUCAGCUUGCAUGAAGUGCCUUUCUGGAUUUUGGAGAAGUUGUUCAAGAGGAGAUAUAAUGAGAGUUCGAUGCCGUUUGACAGCCGUAUGUCUUCUUGUGUUGGAAUUUUAAAUCAUGGAAUAAUAAUACAGUAACUUUUUGGAAAUAAUUGAGAAGGUUCCUGGCAGUGACUCGUGGCGUGCUAUACCAAGAAAUCCUAUGUGAUAGCGUUGAGAAAGCUUGAACUGGCAGCCAAGCCACCGAUAGAGGGAGCUCUUCGACUGGUUUCAUCGGACUCGACCGCCGCCACCACUCAUCAAAGCUGGGGAUCCGAAACGGGAUGAGGAGUGGGAACAACAACAAGGGGGAGCCCACCUCCAACCGAGGUAGCCGGUCGCCGCGGUUGCGUGGCGCCCACGAGCGAUGGCUGAUCGCGCUAAAGAAGGUCCUGGGGAAGAACCGCAGGCUGCUCCAAGAAGUCAGCGACACCAACCUCACAGUGACCACAGGUGCUGCUUGGAGGUUAGAAGAUGAUGAGGAGGGGUACCUACCCCCGACACCAAGCUUAGAGGACACCCCCUUCUCUCAAACCUCAUCACAGCUAUACUACCCAGUACCACCAAGACCUACGACCCCAGAGACAGACAGAGUCAGGACAAGCAACAGCAAUGGAGGUUUGGCCAAGUUGGCUCGUCGACUUAGCCAGAGGGGGGAAAGGAGAGAGCGAGGGGAGAAGCUUCCAUGCAGGCAACGCUCCGUUAGUGUCGACAGUGAUUACGAGUCCGACGUCGCCAGCGCCAACGGUAUCCCUGACAGGCUUUGGAGUAUGCUCCUGGUCGACGACCAUGGGACCGUGCCUCGUAAACCAUCAACUGGUGAUGUCCGGAAAGCACACAGCAUGGAGAGCCUGGUACCCGGAGACGACAAAAGCAAAUCUUCUUCCAUCCCUCCAUCUCCCCUCGCCCCAAACAAGCUCCAGAGGAGUCUCUCCGGCAAGAAGAGGGGGGCAAGCACCAAUGAGGUGGACUCCACCGGCCUCGGGGGCAGUUCCGUCAAGGACAAGGGCAGGAGAAACUCCAAAUACAUUUCCGACCUACAGGCUCUGUUUGAGGCAGUGGAGCAUCAGGAUCUGGAUGCAGCGAAAUAUUGCCUGGAAGCCAAUGGGCUGGACCUGAACCAACCCAACCCAGAUGAGUUCACGGUCCUGGACAUUGCAGUCAUGACCAAUAACAUGCCCAUGUCAAGGUUGCUCCUAUCACAUGGAGCAAGGGAAAAUCCCAGAUUUCUUUUGAAAGAUGUCCGGCUGAACAAGCUCAAUACUCUGAUCAACGAAGCAGAACAAGUCAUCCAGGAUCUAACGACUCGAGUCGUCAACGGCUCUGGCAAUAAUAACGCUUCUUCUUCCAGCUCCAUCAAGGAUGCCGAUAGGCAACUUGUGGAUUGGGAAUGGCGUUACAGGUUACUCAAACGAAUGAAGACAGGCUUUGAACAAGCAAGAGUACCUGACAUACCAGCUAUGGUGCGGUUAUACACAGCCAGUAGCUCGUCCCUCCUUGUCACGUUUGAGGAGCCGUUGAACAUGAAUGGUGCCGCGGCUACCCGGUUCAAAAUUGAAUGGAGCCAAAACGAAGACUUCUGUCCUUUAGCUGGUGAACAUAUACUGUACCACUUCAGCAACCUCAAAUAUACUAUACAAGGGCUAACACAGGGUGCUAAGUAUUAUGUGCGUGUAUCUGCUUUCAACAUGAAGGGCUUUGGCCCCGCCCAGACGUCAAACCCGCCAUGUGCUGUCCCCUCUUGUUGGAGGGACGUCGAUGGCAGCAAGCCCAGGUCUUGGGGGAGGCUAAGUAUGAUCGAUGAACUCUUUCAACAAGUGCGAGAUGGAAGGCCAGCGGACUCGGCUGAAAUCAAAUCAACUUCCCCGAGAGCAUCACCGAAUCAGAUGAGGAAAACAGUGAGGAAAAGCUUGAAGAACCUCUUCCAAUCUGCGCCAAAGUUCCAGAAACAUUUAAGAAGAGGUGUGUACUUGGCCUCAGUGAUCUACAACGAAGACAAGGUUCUUGUGACAACGGAGGACUACCUGCCUAUCAUAGAGGUGGAUGAGAACUUCCCUAGUAAUGUCCAACAAGACUUCCUGUGGUUCAUGAAGGUCGCACAAACGUGGGAGGACGUUGACCUCCUAAGAACAGACCUGAACCAAUCGACGGCAGCCUCACCGGUCGUCCACUUUCGAGGGCGCCUCCUACAGGCCGCCGCCCAGCUGCAAAGCAUCAUGAGUAUGCAAGACCUGGGCAAGCUGUACUAUGAACCGGUGAAGGACAGCCAAGGGAUCGUCAUCUUCACGCUUAUCAACUCUGUCAAGGACCCGAGGACAAUAAACAACGCAGCUCUGAAGUGGGUCAGUAUGACGAGAGUACAGAAGAGAAAGUCGAUGAGUGUGGAGUGUCCGGUAGCAGCGGAUCUUCUCCUCACGUCGUUACCAGAGAAGAUCAUUCACCACCAGGUCAGCAGCCUACCUCUCUCCCGCGGUCUGUACGUAGGCUACCUCAAGCUCCGUAGCUCGCUGGGCAACAUCCGUAUCCAGGUACCGGAGCGUCACCCCAGCAUGCUACCUCACAUCAAGGUCAGGGACAACUACAACGUCUCGCAGGAGGAGUGGGACUGGCUCCACAGCCUGGACAAAUGCGAGGUGAAGAAAAAAGCCACCAGAGUGCAGGAAGACUUCCAGCGCCAGCUUGCAUCGGCGACCCGGAAGUUAUUGACACGGGUAGGGGUCACCGAGGAGGAAGCCAUCACCCACAGACUUUGCGACCUGGAGGUCGUGGAACUCAGCAGUGAAGUGUCCUUCAUUUUGCUGCUCCCACCUCUGGGUAGUGUAUGCAUAGGACCAGGGACACCAUCCGAUGACUGGAUCAUCAGCAGGGAUUUCACCUCAAUCUCGGUGCCAGUCUUUGAAAUGAUUCACAUGAGCACUUACCAUGGCGACUUCAUCCGUCGCUAUGCAAGGCUUUCGUCGAUACUGGAGACGGAGUCACUAAUCACGCAACAGCAACUGAGGGAGGCAUUCUCAAAUGAUGAACUGAACGAAGCGAAGCGAAGACAGACGCAAGUGGACGAAUUUCAAAAGUCUCUUGAUAUGAUGUGGAGGGGGAUGCGUUGGAUCAUGGAUAUACUUCAGUACGCGAGAGAUAAACAAAUCAAAGGAGGCGUCCCUCUCUCUGUACUCUAUGCCCCACCCCCGUCGCCAGUGGAUGCGUCCGAGGACAUUCUAGCUACCAUUGGGCAGUGCAUGAAAGACCCCCAGAACCACACCCUCCUACCGCCCCCUCCCUGCAGUAGCAUCGGAUGCCAGACGAUGUUACUACCUGUAGAGAAGGCUGCCGACAAAACCCUCAAGUCGGGGAUCCUUAGGGUCUUCCCAGCCUACAACUCUGGUCUUGCCAAAGGAACAAGUGUCAAGCUCCAUGUGACGUCAAAGACAUCUUGCGAGGACAUCGUGAGUCUGGUGGUGCAGCAGCUUAACAAGGCCAUGGAGAGCAGCGGCAUGGAGACCCCUGCCUUCUCCCCUGAAGACUGUGCCCAGUUCUGUCUGGUUGCCAUCAUUGCCAACAAGGAGUACUCCCUGCAGGAGGACUUCUGUCCAUUGCAGCUCCAGAACCCGUGGACUAAAGGACAGUUGUUUGUCCGACCUAAAGACUCCGAGAGAGCCGUCCUCAAUGUAGGUCCCUCGACGGAUGUAUAGCGUUGGCAGCUCUGUUGUAUCCGUGUGCCAUCUUUGCCAAAGUGAAGGACAUUUCCAGGAUAUAGCUCUCAUGCCAUUGGAUAAUUUGAGAGUUAUGUCAUUUAGAAAACUUCCGACUUCAGAAUGAAAGUGAUUUGCCUCCACUACCGGACCAAGCUACUGCAGAGCCUCAACCAAAACUCCAAGCAAGAUUCCUGUCAAACUGUUUGCUCUCUCUUACAAAAAAAAUAUAUAUAUAUAUGACUAUAUCAAAGAUGGAAGUGGAUUUCAUUUGUGAGUUCAAUGUUUGGAGAAAAGAUAUGAGCUGCAACAGAUCCACAACUGCUCACAUAGGCAGAAGACCUUCGCAUGAGGAUACAUGGAUGUUAGAGAAGACAUCUGUGAGUGCACUGAAAGAAAAGGACUUCUAUGAUUCCUCUUGCAGUUAUAUAUGGGUACCAAUAAUCAUAUAUGCUGGUCUUGGUACAGCCUGAGGCAUUCUGCGGAUACGUCUGCAUGUUGCUGGAACAGUUCUGCUGGGUUCUUUUUGGACAGAUCAGACGCCAUUAGGCCCCAUUUAUCCACUCAGAUGUAAUCUUGGCCAACAUUCUGUUGAAAUGGACCCACUAGUGAUUUCCUCCUGUUGUGGUCAACAUCGAAAUGCAAGCAUGAGGUGUUCUCAUAUGUGAUGGGUCAAGAUCUCCUGUUUUGUAAUGGUAAUACCUCUUGUCACUCGCCUUAGACCUUGAAGAUGGGGAAGCUUCCUUAUGUGCUAAGAUACGAGAGUGGUAUGGUAUCCUGUAACGGCAUUGAAUCCAAAAAUAUAUGGAAAAUUUAUGUUUUUAAUCGAACAUUAUAUGUCUGUUUAAUCAGACUCGAUAAAUUAAGGAAAGAAUGGAUAAAGUCUCAAGGGGAGCCACCAAAAUAUCUGAGUGAGAACAGUUUUUCACUACUAUGUAGUUAUUGCUAUUGUAUAUGUGCAUCACCAAAGAAUUUCAAAGUAUACAAAUAUUGGCUGCUCUUAAGGAAAAUAGUUUUACUAUCGCCCCGAACUGACCUUGGGACUGCAGGCCUAAAUUUUUCUUGAGACUGGAGGUCAAGGAAAAAAGGCCUAUAUCCUCAAGGUUGAUUGAGGUGUAACUGUUUUUUUGCUAUCGACCGAAUAAAAGAGCAGUAAUUAUUUGUUUUAUAUACCAAUUAUUUUUUUAGCAGGGUAAUAGUAAAAACUAUUGCCUUGCUCAAAUCAUGCCAAUUGGUAUAUCAGAAUUAUAUAACUGGGAGCUCUGCAAAACACACCCUAUCCAUUCCAUGUGCAUAGUUUACAUUAUUGACUGCCAACAAGAAGGCCAUGACUGCCACCUUGAAUGCCAUGAUCGCCAAUUUGGACAAGUUAUAGGGCAUUUGUACUGUAGCCAAGAAGUGGGAAUCUGGUUAAACAACAUGGCCUGUAUCCUGAAGUGGGGUUUAAUUUAAACUCUGGUCUCAAGCUGUGGUUUAACUAUGGAUAGCCAAUUGUGACAUGAAUCUCUUACAGUAGAGGAUCAUAGCAACGGCUCAUGAGACUCGCAAAUCAUUCUUAGCUGUCUUGAAAGGAUAAAUAAGAUAAUUGUCUUCACCAUUAACGAAUUAGGAAUGAGCGCAGUAAACAUGAUAAACAUAUUAUGUGAAGAAAUUUUGACAUGGUUGGCUUCCCAUAAUUUUAGCACAGAGUUAGACCAUAUUUGAACCCAAGUUCGGCAUACAUGUCUGUAUAUUUGCUCUAUGGUGACGAUUACAAAUCAAAUGCAACAAUUUCCUUGCAAACGCGUCUUGAAUGAUAUUAUAUUGCUCUGACCACGAUAUUGUAUUUGUCAUUUGCACGAGCAAUAAGCAACUGGCAAUGCAGUUUUUUAAAUUCCAUUUUCAUCAGGUUAUUUUGCUUUGAAUAUCUUUUAUUCAUAAAGGGCAAUUUCAUAAAUCAUGUAAUCCCAUCUCUGCUAUGGGGGACAUCCUUCAAGUGAAUCUCUGUUUUCUAGUCCAUAAGACAUAUGAAAAAUGGAUGAAAAAUAGACUAGGUUAGGUAUAAGAAAAAGGUUGAUUAUUUCAUUGAUUGCCCCAGAGAAAGUUGUUGCACUUUAAGAGCUAAAUGUUGACAGUGGUCACCUAGAUGCAAUGUACCUCUGAUUGUCUUUUAGAGUAGAUUGUUUCUGAAAUUCAGAUCGUAGUGGACAUUUUAUAUUUCACUUGCAAUUAAUGUCCAGAGAGAUGGAUAUAUAUUAGGGUGCCUACUUGGGACAUGAUAUUUUGUGUUUCGAGUUUAUUUUUAUUAAUUAUCUGAUAUGAACGUCUGUGGGUGACAGUCCGUACCAUAGAGGCUGUGUUCAAAGAGAGCUCACUUCAUGAAAUACACAUGUCACCUGACAUAUGUGAUUUUUUUACGUGCAAUAAUAUUUGGUAUGUAUAUCCGCAAUGAUCAUGCGCUCGUUUGAGUCAGUAUUACCUGUGCAUGGUGUAGGAGUUAUGUCUUCUCUGGUGAUGCGUUAUGAGUCUGUGGUUGUAGCCUUGCAGCAGGGCUACCCGUCAUAGCAACAGUUUGAAAUACAUAAGAUUCUUGGAAUGCCUGUGUUCACAUUGUGAAAUAGUGCAGUGUGAUCUCACUGUGCCAUGCCGUACCAUGUGAACGGAGACUCUGGUCUUUUUUCUCGAGCGUUCCACUUUGUUUUCCACAGUUUGUAUUGUACGUUGAUCAAAUUUGAGACUUCGAUUAGUUAAGUGCCCUUAUGUGUACAGUGUAUAUAGAAUAAUCAGAUAUGGUACGUGUAGGAGGAAGAUCCUAAUUUCACCAGUGUGUGCGGCUAUGCAAGCAAACAGACUUAUAGAAACGACUGGCAGAACCGUAGACCCCCAACUUCCAUGGUCAGUGUCUCCACAGUUGAUAUUAUAAAAACAAAUUGAGAACCAUAAACUUUAUACUUUUACAUUGGUAUUUUUUUUUUAAAUAAGCCACUGAUCAUUAACAUGCAUGUACACAUAUACAUGCAUCUUAUGUUUGGGGACUUGGAAACUCUAUGCCAUAAAUUGAUGUAUACAAUAACAGUUGGCUUAUUUCCCUUUAUUUCAUUUUCUAAACUUUCUUUGCAAGAGGGUGUUGAGAUUCAUUAAUCUAUAUUGUCCGAUGGUUAUUGGUUCUGAUGGGAUUUCGGUUAAGAUAGAGAAAUUCAAUUAUCAUUCUUAGUUGCCAUUUGAUAUUUUCAUUGAUUUUGAGCUAGAUAUGAUUUUAUAACAGGAAAACAAUGUAAAACUAGUUGAUUGAAUCAAAACAUGACAAAAUUAUUUGUGUCCUACUUUCAUAUAAUUUCAGUUUAGAAUUAUAUUUGGGUUUCAAAUUCAUCAAGCGUCGUGGUGUAGCGGUUCUGACUCUCGCCUUGUAAUCAGAGGGUCGUGUGUUCGAAUCCCACCAUGGCCUAGCGUCCUUUGGCAAGGCGUUAAUCCACACUUUGCCACUCUCCACCCAGGUGUUAAAUGGGUACCCGGUAGGAUGUGAAAGCCUAUAUGUAGUAUGCCUAGCAAUUGAGUCUUGGAACUCUUGUUGGAAUGCUCCCCAGGGAGUGGAGAAGGUGCAUACAUUGUAUGCGGGCAUGCAAGGAUCCGAUGACCGGGGUAAUAUGUCUUUAAAGCGCUUAGUGACGUCGUUCCGAUGUAUUAAGCGCUAUAUAAAUGCGGAAUAUUAUUAUUAUCACUGAUCUGGUUUCAUAACAUAAAGAGCUUCAUGAUUGUUAAUGGGGCUGGUAUUUUGCUUUUUUUCAUGCUUUUUUUUACUUUCAUUUAUGUUAUCCUUUAAAAUGAUAUUUCCUCCCUUCUCCAGUUACGUCAAAAAUGAUUGUGAAACUUGUUUUGCAAAAAAUAAAAUUUAGAAGACUCAAAUGACUAGUACGGCCGAGUGAUCAGUUUAAAUAAUGAAAUAAUCAUUCUGGCUCAGGUUUCCAAAGUUUUUUUUUUCAGGAUGCAAAAUUACCAACAAAUGGCAGUGCGGGGCCUAAUUUCUACCUAGAUGCAAAUAGACAAAGAUCGGUCUCACGAAAGCUUCUCACUGGCAAAGUGUCUGUCUUGAACAAUGCACCACAGUUGUGUGUUUAAUAGCAAUCGACUUUGAAUGAAAAAAAUCUACCUCAAGAAUUCAAAUGUUUUAGAAUUAUGAAACUCAUUUACCAAUAGACAAUCAUGACAGCAUGAGUCUGCCGGAACUGGAUCUCUUGGAUCUCAUAAUGGAUGUAUUUUACUGCUACAAAAUUUAUUUGGGAUCUGUCCUGUUUGCUGAUAGUUGAUAGCUAUUUAUCCUCUUAUUAGUUUAUUUCGUGUUUAUUUUAUUUUAUUUCGACACCACUGCUCAUUCUAAGUCGAAAGAUAUUUUGAUCACUUUUUUAGUUAGACGGGUAUAUCCCAGAAAAGGUAUGGCUGAUCAAAGUUGUGACACGGUAUUUACUUUGACAUAUGUGCAAUCUCUGCAUUCAUUGAAACCUUAGAUUGAGAUUUGCAAUACUAUUUAUUUCUAUUUAUGAUUCUUGUCAUAUUUAUAUUUAAACCAUAUCUUUCAACUUUGGUGGUCAUGCUGACAAAAUAUGAUUCAUCGGGACCUGGACUUGCAAAAUUUGGUCCCAUGUCUUUUAUUCAUUUUUCUUUUCAUGGGGGGUGUUCAAUAGGAUUUCAACAUAAAUCAUUCCUGACCAGAAACAACUACGUUUGUUCAGAAUAGACGAUCAUUUGCAAAAGUUAAAGACCGCCAGAGUGUUGUGUAUAGUAUAGUACAUGUAAUAAACUGUUACAGUAUGUUUCUUUAGAAACUGGCCUCUAUAUUAUUUAUUGGUGUUGGUUCUGUGUCUGAUAAGAAUGGUUGAAGAAUUAGUUCAGGGAAAUUGUCAAAUAGCUUGACUAAUCCUUUUGUUCUCAUAAGUAGUUUUACUUCAAAAUAUAUGUUUUUUAAACAAAAGGAUUAGUCAAGCUUUUGGACAAUUUCUAUAUACUAAUUUUCCUUUAAACUUUCAAAUCAAACAUAGAAUCAACAUUAAAAAAAUAAUAUAGAGGCCAGCUUCAAUGAAACCAUUACAGUAAUUUACAAUUAUAUAGAUGUGCUGUACACACAAUUUUUCAGGUGGUCUUAAAUACAAAUUAUGGUAUAAUUGCGAUGAUGACUCUGGUUUUAUUUUGUGAAAUUUAAAGACAUGAAUCUGAAAAGUAUGUUUAAAUAAAGAUGUAUGUAUUUAAUUUGGUUAUUAUUUCACAACCUCACGACCUGCAUAUGUGUGUUCACAUUAAGGUCAGUAAACACGAGACCAACUUGAAAUAUGUGUACAGUCUAAACACGAGUCUUUGUUCUAUGUACCUCAGUGUGUGAAAAUCACUAUACGUUCAGCUUCACGGAGUUCAAUAUAUAAAUUAUCUUCUAGUUUUGUCGAGAAUAAGAUCAUGAAAUUACGUUUUAUAUUUAAAUUAUUUUAGACUUUACUGCAAAAAUGAAUCCAGCUAUAUAGGAACUGCCAAGAGUGCAUAUUCAUUAUAUGUUAGAAUAUUGAGGGAAUUAUGUAAAUUGUGCUAUUUACAUGAGUUUUGGUCUGACUGGUUGUAAAUAUCUUGUAUAUCUUGUGUAUAUGAUUACAUUGUAUAAAGGAAUGAAGAGUUACUAUUUAUAAUACUACAUUGGAAUAAAUCACUGAUAAA